AUGGCGACGCAGCAGCAAUAUCGCAGUUCAUACUACGCCCAGGCCAACCAAGAUCAGCCGCGCCGCAAGCAGCGCACAAGAUCCAGCGACGGCACCGUGAGCACCACCAUGAGCUCCGCCUCGGGCCGCGAGUCGGCGGCGACGCACGUUACCGAGCCGCCCACCUACUCCAAGAAGAUUGUCGUUGUGGGCGACGGCGGCUGCGGCAAGACUUGUCUGCUCAUCAGUUACAGCCAGGGCUACUUUCCCGAGGUGCGAAGAGACUACGACAUCAACUCUGCCGCGCGGGCGCAAAUCUUCGAAAACUACAUCACCUACCCCGUCCACCCGCCUUCUGGCAAGACCGUAGAGCUGGCUCUGUGGGACACCGCCGGACAGGAGGAAUACGACCGCCUUCGCCCGCUUUCCUACCCAGAGACCGACUUGAUCUUUUGGUACCCCGAAGUCCUCCACUUCUGCCCCUACACGCCGCUCAUCCUCGUCGGUCUCAAGUCGGAUCUCCGCUACAAGCGUACAUGCAUCGACAUGCUCAAGACGCAAGGCCUGACGCCUGUCACGUCGGAGCAGGGGAUGGCCGUUGCUCGCAAAAUGGACGCCCAGUACAUGGAGUGCAGCAGCAAGGAGAUGCUCGGUGUUGACGAGAUCUUUGACCGCGCUAUCCUCACCAUUGUCGCCAACGACCGCAGAAACGUCGAGUCGGCCGGCGCCGCCGCCCAAGCCGCCAACGCCGAUGGCAAGCCACUGCCGCCCCUCAAGGCCAAGAAGAAGAAGAGAAAGUGCCAGUUCCUCUAA